GCAGAUGCAUGAUGUGCACGGCUGAUGUUGGAGCAUGUUCACCCAAUUGCAUUUAGUAGAUAAAAACCCACAUGUUAAGUAGGCUAAUGAAAAACCCAUUAGAAAUUAAAUAACCUGUUGUGUUUACAUUCACAAAAACAGACCAGUGCAGUCCAUCGCUUUCAUUUUAGAACCAGACUAAAGUAAUUUAGAAGUCCCAUGGCACCUGAAAAGUAGGCUACAUGCCUGUAACAACUAGGUUAUAGCAUAAAGCCUGUCUGUCUGGUAGAAGUUUUCCUUUCGGUAGCCUAAAUUCCCCUCUUUUUCCUUUCUUCCCUUCUGCCAUACCCCCUCCCUUCUCGUUUCCUCUCCAUCCUUGCGUCAUUGUUUUGAAUGGAGCAUCCUCCCGGCUUACAUUACCUUCAGUCGGAGGAGAAGGGGGAGAGGUGGGGGGCUUGUGGAGGCGUGUGCUUCACCGACCAAUUGCAGCCCGCCUAGGCCGCCGGACCGCACAUGUUUACAGGCAGCAUUCCGCCGGUAGAGGCUCAGCUAGGUGGGAGCAACGCCCGGACUGGAUAUCGCAGUAGCCGGAGCUGGAGUCACCUAACGGUCUUAUUUUUAACCGUUUCCAACGUCUGCGGUGGGAUGGCGAUGUAUAGGGUCAAGUGAAGUGAAAUUAUUCGACGUAUUUGCUCUCAUUCUUCGGUGUUCGAGUCGUUUUCUCUCGAAUAAGCCGCAAUUUUGUUUAAUCGUGUACAAAUGUCAUUUCGGUUCCCGAACGUGGCGGUUAGUCCGUGUUUUCCCGCCGUCUCCUGAGCUCGCAGGGAGCAGUGGGGAAAACAAACAGGUCGAACGGAGGAAGAUAGGUAGCCGGUUGGAUGUGGAGGUUGUUUAGCGGCGAAUGAAUCGUUUUCUCGUUGCACGCUUUUGUCGGUUGUUAAUUCAGAGUCCUCCAUCGGUUUUCGGUGCUUUUGAACGCGGUGCAUUUAGGACGCUGUUUGGAGUUUUCGCCUUCCGAGUAUGUUGCCGCUUUCUAACAUUUUGUCAGGGCUGUUGGGGCGCGUAGUCUACCCUUUGCGGUUUUGUGUUUUUUUCGACGUUGUUUACCGGUUAUAAUUCGACGGUUAAUGGUUUAAAUUCGCCGGUUGGCCGCCUCUGAAUUCAGUGGGACACUUUUAGACAUGCAUACGAGGCGUUUGGUUAAGCGGUCGAUCCUCGGGAGCCGCGUUUAUGCGCCGAGUCCGACCGGGGACGGUGCCCCGGUGACAGGAGUGGUCCAGGCUGUCAAGCAGGAAAACAGAGACGUCUCGGCCGCAGGAGCCCGGCGCAGCGUCUACACCGUGCUCAUGCAAGACGGGAGCCUCAAGGAGUUCUCCGAGGAGGAGAUAGCCGCGGGCUUUAACCACACUGCAGCCAAAGGACCGCUCAAGUCCAGUCUGAAGCAGAGUUCCAGUAAUGGAGCUCCAGAGGGUCACAAGGUGGAGGGCGGCUCCCUCAGCCCAGAGGCCGUGGAGGAGCAGCGGUUGGUGGACGGCAAGCGUGUUGGCCGGGACCCUGACACUCGAUCAGUGUCCCUGCUAGAGCAGAAACGCAAAGUGGUCUCUUCCAGCAUUGAUGUCCCUCAAGCCAGACGAUCAGAGGAGGAAGUGGACAUGGACAAGGUGACGGCUGCCAUGGUACUGACCAGUCUCUCCACCAGUCCGCUGGUCAGGAGUCCACCUGUCAAAGUCAGCGAGGGUCUAAGUGGUUCGUGGAAGGACAAUGGUUCAACGGGACCCUUCACCCCAUCUAGCAACAGCUCUUCGGGGGGCUACUGGAGCUGGUCUGCCCCCAGCGACCAGUCCAACCCUUCCACACCUUCCCCACCACUCUCCGCCGACAGCUUCAAGCCCUUCCGGGUGCCCAGCCUGGGCGGCGUGGGGCCCGGCCCCGCGGGGCCGGAGGACCCCAGCCUGGACGAACAGGAUGGCAGCAGCCUGCUCUUUGAUGAGCCCAUCCCUCGCAAGCGCAAGAACUCAAUGAAGGUGAUGUUCAAGUGCCUGUGGAAGAACUGCGGCAAGGUGCUGAGUACUGCUGCUGGUAUCCAGAGACAUAUCCGCACCAUCCACCUGGGUCGUAGCUGUGACUCAGACUGCAGCGACGGCGAGGAGGACUUCUACUACACGGAGAUCAAGCUCAACACGGACUCGGUGGCUGACGGGCUCAGCAGCCUGUCCCCCGUGUCGCCCUCUGUCCUCUCUCCCCCUCCCCCUCCCCCCUCUCCCCUCCCUUCCCUCAACCAGCUGCCAGAGUCCCAGAGACCCCCGCAGCCCUCCAACACCAAGGAGCCUCACGCUGGCGGCACCACCCCACUCAGCCGCUCAGCGCCCAGUGCUCUCUACCUCAUUCACACGGACCAUGCCUACCAGGCCACGGCUCCAGUGUCCAUCCCGUCCAGCAGCAGUAACUCGGCCGGCUCAGCCUCCACCAGCUUCACUCCCACCAACAGCUCCAGCUUUAGCAUCUCCUGGCAGUCACCACCCGUCACUUUCACGGGGAACACAGUAUCUCCCAGUAAAAGCCAGGGGUUCGGUGAGCAGCGCUCCCAGACCAUCGCCGUCCUCUCCUCCCCUCCUAGAGCCACCACUGCCCUCAGUCGGAAGGUGCGUGGCGAGGGAAAGAAGUGCCGCAAGGUGUACGGUAUGGAGAACCGCGACAUGUGGUGCACUGCCUGCCGCUGGAAGAAGGCCUGCCAGAGAUUCACCGACUGAGCAUACCCACCCCCCUACCCCUGUCCCAGCUCAACGCCAACAGGCGCCGCUGCCUUUUGCCAGAGAAAAGUUGGGGGGAGAGGCGUCAUUUUGCAUGCAUUUGGUUUUCUUCAGCUUGAAAUCUCAACUGUCCGUCAAGCUCCUGGCCCUGCCCCUCCUUUAACUCAGCUCCACCUAUCCCAUUCCAGCUGUGGACGCAAGGACGGCGGCGGGCACCUUUUUACAUCGCCGUCCAGGAUUCUGAGUACUGCCUUGCCAUUCCCGUCGUUCCCAGUUUUGGGAAAUCCCAGUGCAGCUAAACAGUGUAAAGAAAAAAAAAAUAGAUCUAAAGAUUUCUGCCGUUUUUUAUGUUGGGUUCAGUGUUGCAUCUUUCUAUGUUUUGUAAAGCUCUGGUUUUUAAAUGGAAAGUCUAGUCAAAGAAGGGGUCCAGAAAAAAAGGCCAAUAGCUUUUUUGUGUGUUUUGUCAAAAGAUUAAAAAAAAUCUUCACUUUUUUAUCCAAAAGAAGAAUGAGCUUCUUUGCUGCAGUUUUCGAAGAACGUUAUGAAUAAGCAUGGAGGUAAAAGCCGGCAGUUUUUGUUCUUCCUUCAACUUGUUCAUCUCUUGUUUUAUUUCUGGACUUUUUGAGGUGAUCUUUUAUCACCGACAUCACAGCCCCUCUCCCGGACUCUCACCCGCUCUUCCCUCCUGACAGCCCCCGAGGGAAUGUACGGCAGAGCCGAGGGAAGGGCAGGUUGACAGGUAGAAAAAGAAGGAGGAAGAGAGACACACAAGGUGAAUGAUCAAUGCAAAAAAAAAGAUACAAUUUACAGUCAGGGAAAGCAGCAGCAAAAGCAGAAAGCAGUGAUUUUCCACAUAAAACCAUGACAGCAUUCACUUACACACACAAACACACAAACACAGGUAUUUUCACACGAUCAUGA